AUGCGACGCCGCUCCUUUUUCCUCUUCCUCUUCUUGCUGCUUCCUUUUAACCCUUCGCUGUCUUACUCUCUGAAAAACUGCACCGUCGAAUAUUCUGCAGACGUCAGCGAUGUUUCAGUUUCGUGCACGGACCGAGAACUCACCACCGUUCCCGACGACAUCCCCAAAACCGCCCAGUUCCUCGAUAUCUGCACCAAUCAGAUCCUGAGAAUCAACCAGACAGAUCUGAGAGGUUUAUCGAAGCUCGUUGUUUUCUGGAUGCAGUUAAACUCUUUGUCACACAUUGACGACGGCGCGUUUGCAGACUUGGUGGAAUUAACAGAACUUGAUAUAAGUUAUAAUGCCCUCACAAACCUCACAGACAACAUGUUUCAGGGACUGACCAAAUUACUGAGUCUGUCUGUAAACAGAAAUGACAUCGCGUACAUCUCCCCGCUGGCCUUUCAGCCGCUGAUAAACUUACAGAAAGUAGACCUGGGUGACAACGAGCUCCAUAUAAUCACUGAUAUUGUGCCUAUUUUGCAGCUGUCAAGCUUAAUUGAAUUAGACAUUGCGAUAAACAGAUUCACUACCUUUGAGUCUGAUGACCUGCAUUUAAACAUCUCAAACCUGAGGACACUGCAGUUUAAUUUGAAUCCACUGAGAAAGUUCAGCAUCACAAAAGACGUCUUUCCUCAUCUAGAGUAUGUCGAUUUGUCCAAAUGCAGCGUCGGCUUUGAGUGGAACGUAACCGACAAGAUGUUUCUGAGGAGUUUGACUAGUUUGUUAUUAAGUGGAACCGAAAUAAGUUUUGAGACGUACAGCACGAUGCUUCAGAGCGCUGAGUCGGUGGAGUAUCUCUGGCUCAGCUAUACGGCUGAAUGGUUUGAUAAAGGUUUGAUAGACAUCGCCUGCCAGAUUCCUGCCUUAACAAGUCUUGAUUUGACUUUUAAUGACAUUCACAUUUUAAAUGACACACUGCUUCAACCUUGCUCCAAAAUCACUGAGCUAGCUUUAGUCGGUAACGUCAUGACCCACCUUUCGGAGGACUCACUUAAACCUUUGACUCAGCUCGUGGAACUACAUUUACACCAUAACUUUCUACCAGGAGUGCCGUUUGCUGUCAGAGGUCUCUCAUCCCUUGCAGUCUUAACUCUGGGUUAUAAUGAUAUCGGCGAGCUCAGCUGCUCCGAUUUCCUGAACUUAACGAGCUUGAUGCAACUCUUCCUCAAUAACAAUCGCAUCUCAAGAAUCAGAGGAUGUGUUUUUCAAGAGUUGAAGAAUUUAAGAUUACUCCACAUUCAAGAAAAUCCAAUUUACAGUUUGGAUGAUACUUUCAAAGUCAGUCUGAAGAGCUUACGUAUUUUAAACAUGCACAGGAAUGAUUUGAAGGAACUCCAUGAAGGCAACUUUGAGAAUCUGUCUUUCCUCCUGAAUUUGGAUUUAGAGUCACGGUCAAUUUAUCAAGUGGAAAACGGGACUUUUGAAGGACUCGAUCAUCUCCAAACUCUUGUCCUUACACCAUACUCUCUCAAUACAGUUAUGUUCAGAGGACUGCCACACUUAGAGAGACUGACACUAACCCUCCCAAAUUUUCUCAACAGUGUGAGUCAUCAAUUACCUAAGGAGCCCCCUUUCUUAAAUGUACCAUCUUUGAGAAAGCUUAUAAUCCAAAACAACAAUAAAUAUGACUGGGUUAUCCCACCAGACCUGCUCAGAGGCCUGAACUCUUUAGAGCACUUUGCAGCAGUAAAUUUCUUUGCAGGGCCCCCACAUCCAGACACAUUUACCUACACUCCUCACCUGAUAAGUCUUCAGAUAACUAACAGUAACGUCUCAUAUCCAGAACCUGAACUGGUUCGGUCGAUCCCAAACCUGCAGUCCCUCGAUCUGUCCAAGAACAAACUCAGAUCUUUGGAUUUUCUGGCUCACGCCGACCUGCCGGCUCUCAGCUGGUUGAAACUCAGUGAGAACGAGUUGACGGUGAUCAAUGAGACGGUCUUCCGGUCUCUGCCUGCACUAACAUAUCUGGACCUGCUUGGUAACCCUUUCACCUGUGACUGCUCUAAUGUCGGCUUCAUCCAAUGGGUGAUUAGCAACAACCAGACACAAGUUGUUAAUGCUUAUCAGUACACUUGUUCCUUUCCUCCCAGUAAACAAGGAAGCAAGCUGCUGGACUUUGACAUCCAGUCCUGCUGGAUGGACGUUAAUUUCCUCUGCUUCAUUUCCAGCACUUGUCUGGUUGUGCUAACUCUCCUCACAUCCUUCAUCUACCACUUUCUGAGGUGGCAGCUAACCUACGGCUUCUACCUCUUCCUGGCCUUCCUCUAUGACAGCAAGAAGAGGAAGAAGGAAGCUCCUCACUGCUACGACGCAUUCAUCUCCUACAACGUUCGUGACGAGGCCUGGGUUUACCAAGAGAUGCUUCCAGUGCUGGAAGGAGAGCAGGGCUGGAGACUCUGUCUGCACCACAGAGACUUCCAACCAGGUAAACAAUACAUUUACUCUUCUUUCCCUCCCUCCUACUCAGGAUCAAAUCUUUCUUUCAGUUCAGGUAAGCCCAUCAUAGAGAACAUCACAGACGCCAUCUACAGCUGCAGGAAGACCAUCUGUGUGAUCAGCCGUCACUACCUGCGGAGCGAGUGGUGCUCCAGAGAGAUCCAAAUGGCCAGCUUCCGUCUGUUUGAUGAGCAGAAGGACGUGUUGAUCCUGCUGUUUCUGGAGGACAUCCCUGCUCAUCAGCUGUCUCCGUACUACCGCAUGAGGAAGCUGGUGAAGAGACGCACCUACCUGAGCUGGACGCAGGCUGGUGGACACAAAGGAGUCUUCUGGCAGAACGUACGGAGAGCUCUGGAGACGAGGGACGCUCCCAAUGAGACCACCGACCUGCUGACUGCUGCGCUGGCUCCAGACCAGAUGUACGGCAGGCUGAACUUCAUCAUGGGCUACGCUGAUCAUGAAGCAUACAGCUCCAUCCUGAAAAUGACUGAAAGCUCCUGGAUCAAAAUCAGUCCGUCACCAGAUGAUGUGCAAAGUAUUUUAAUGUCUCAGGAGAACAGAAUAAAUGGAAGCUGUUCUGGCUCAACAACCAAAGUAACCAUCCAAGGCGACACUCUCUCUACAGACGUGUAUAACGUGACCUCGAGCUUCCACGUGCAUCGGACCGGUUCUGACUGCUUCAGCUUCAGCAUCAACAGCACGGCCAGAAACCUCGGCAAGCUGCUCCGCCUGAUGAAGCUGGACGGCCCGUUCCCAGAUGAGAUCACCAGCCGGGCCUUCUAUGUGUUCUCGAGAGAAACAACCGUGAAGGAUUCGGAUCUGGAAAAUUUCAAGAAGCAGGCGAGCUGCUUCGGCUUCACCAAAGAACCAGACUUCCACUUUGACCCGAAGAAAGGUAAGCCCAUCAUAGAGAACAUCACAGACGCCAUCUACAGCUGCAGGAAGACCAUCUGUGUGAUCAGCCGUCACUACCUGCGGAGCGAGUGGUGCUCCAGAGAGAUCCAGAUGGCCAGCUUUUUGGUCACCAUGAAUCUGUGGUUUAGCGCUCACUUCCUGUUAGCGGCGCUGCACCUGAGCAGCUCGGCUCCGACGCAUGAAGAGUGCAGCACUUUGGUCUCUCCUCUGUCUCUGAGCGACCCCAGUGUGAUGUACGGCAGGCUGAACUUCAUCAUGGGCUACGCUGAUCAUGAAGCAUACAGCUCCAUCCUGAAAAUGACUGAAAGCUCCUGGAUCAAAAUCAGUCCGUCAGCAGAUGAUGUGCAAAGUAUUUUAAUGUCUCAGGAGAACAGAAUAAAUGGGAGUUGUUCCGGCUCAACAACCAAAGUAAACAUCCAAGGCAACUCUACAGACGUGUAUAACGUGACCUCGAGCUUCCACGUGCAUCGGACCGGUUCUGACUGCUUCAGCUUCAGCAUCAACAGCACGGCCAGAAACAUCGGCACGCUGCGCCGCCUGAUGAAGCUGGACGGCCCGUUCCCAGAUAAGAUCACCAGCCGGGCCUUCUAUAUGUUCUCGAGAGAAACAACCGUGAAGGAUUCGGAUCUGGAACAUUUCAAGAAGCAGGCGAGCUGCUUCGGCUUCACCGGAGAACCAGACUUCCACUUUGACCCCAAGAAAGAGUUCUGCGCUGAAGGCGAAGGCAUCCGAGGGGUUUUACCAUGAUGCAAUAAAACAUGUUGUAGAAACAGGAAGUAAAUAAACAGUGACUCAACAUCCAA